AUGUCGGAGACGUCUACCAAACCCGCGGAAAAUGACGUAAACGUACCCACAAAGCGUAGCAAGAAGGAGAUGCCCCUCUCGUGCCAGAGAUGCCGGCUACGAAAGGUGAAAUGUAACUUUGCACAUCCAUGUUCGAGUUGUGUAAAGUUGGGUGUUGAAUGCAUUCAGGUGCCAAACGAUAUGAGGAAGAAACGGCCACCUGCCAACUAUGUCCUGACGUUGGAGAAGCGAAAUGAUGCGCUUUCUAAGUUUUUUCUCUCAUUGGACAAGCUCAAGUCACUGGAUGAGCGAGACCAUUUCUUUCUGAGUCAGAAAGCCAGCAUCCUACAAUAUUUGGGCGAACAUGCUCCACCAACAGAACGGAAAAAGGAAUCAAAGAUUGCCGAUGAGGUCAAAAAUGAUGAGGAUGCGAGGCAUUCUCUGUCUCCCGUUCCUUCAUCGAAGAUUCGGCUGGUAUACGGACCUACCAGUGUCUAUGAGAAUGAGCUCGAGCUCAGGUCCAAAUCGCUGUUGCAGAAGAAGGAAUCCAGAGAUAUCAUUUUGUUGAAGUCCAUGAACAAGGAUCCAGACAUUCUUCAGUGUUUGCGGCUUUUUUUCACCUGGCAAUAUCCAGACCAUAACAUGUUUGUUUUUCGAGAAGCUUUUCUCAUUGAUUUCUUUAAUCCCAAGCCAAACUCGCUCUAUUGUCUGCCUGUUCUUGUCCUCAGCAUUUGUGCGCUUGGAGCCCGAAUGUGUGACGUGGACACCAUCUACUCUCGCUCGAUUACCUACUACAAUGAAGCCAGAAGCUCGCUUUUGUCCAGUUUGGAGCACCCAAGUAUCACCUCCGUGCAGAGCUUCCUCUUAUUAGCAUUUUACGACAUUUGCAACGGUAACAACUCUACUGGUUGGAUGCUUUCAGGUAAUGCGAUGAGAAUGGGAUUUGAUUUAGGGUUCCAGUUAAACCCUGAGGUAUGGUUUCUCAAGAAUCAUGGAGCCGUCAAACCACUCGACGUAGCCAUCAGAAGCAGAAUCUACUGGGGCUGCUACAUGGCCGAUCACUUCAUCAGUCUUGUAUUGGGUAGACCUUCACUUUUGAAGCUGCUGGAUGCGUCUAUUCCAGAAACCCAGGACUUGCCAGAGUUGGAUUGGAUUAAUGACUAUAAGUACAUUCCGGAGAAUGUCACCAAUAUCUCUGAUCCGUUGAAUCAUAUCAUCAACCUCAUCAACAUCUCUGACAAUAUGCUUAAUGACAUUUUCACUAAAUCCGACCACGAAUCUGGUGCCCACAAGGACUCUGAAGGGGAGGACUUGGACUUGUCUUCAAGGUACACGAAGCUAUCGCAAUAUAACGCUCAGAUUAUGAAGUGGAGGGAGAAUCUUCCCCUGGAUUUGAAUUGGGACCAAGAGAACUUGCAGAAUGUUUCCGACAAUCCCACCAUUGCCAGCGUGCGUUACUAUUACUACAUUCUUAUUUUAUGUUUGAACCGUCCGUUUGUGGGUACUCCCUUGGCCCACAACCGACAGGACCCCCACUCUCCUGCUAUGAUUUGUCACAAUGCUAUCGAGGACUUAUAUGUGGCUAUCCAGAAGUUCGACCUGACACAUGGACUUCGAAGAUCGUCAAUUUUUAUCGUCUACUGCAGUAUUUUGUCUAUAUCUGUCAUUCUUUUAACCACUCCUACUGAAAAGUUGAGUGAGGACACCAGAACUAAACUCAAGUAUUUCUUGAAUGUUUUGGCUGGAUGUUCCAAGACAUGGGCUUUAGCAGAGAAAUCGUACAAGCUGAUUGAAAGCAAACUUCAGUUGCAAUUUGUCAACGAUCCUGAUUUCACUCCUCGUACAACAGAUAAGAAGACCAAACCUAAGAAGGUCAAGAAACCUGUCCUCUCUAACAUUCAAAUAAAGGAGGAAACUAAUGGGGAAGUUUCAUCUGAAUCUGUUCCACAGAGUGUCAAUCUGGAAGCAUUGUCUGCAGUUGACUCAGAAUGCUCUAAUCAGCCAAAUGAGGCACCGAAUGACACCAGUGAUGUGGGAGAGAGAUCAUCCCUCACUGAUUCACAUAUUUUCAACCAACCAAACUAUGGCAAUAUCAUGGACGAGAACAGUGUGGACUUUUUUGGUGGUCCGCCUGUCCUCAUGACUUCAGAUUUGUUUAACGAAGAUUGGGAAGCGUUAUUCCCUGAUUCGAUUUUCCUGAGAAUGAAUCACUAG